AUGGCUGCAGCUGGUGCCCUCUUCAAAAGUGGGUCCCCCCUUGUUGCUCUCAGCUCUGGGCUGCAAAGAGCAGAGAAGCUGGGGGACGGCAUCUCUGAUCUUAGCAUCUCUGCUGCUGCAUUGGCAUUAUCAAUGCAAAAGCCCACGACAGAGAAGGAUGGAGCAAGUCCAGUCUGCAAGCGUUGGAUCACCCAGAGGGGACUGGUGGGAGAAGCAGAAGCUGCCCCGUGUCCCGAGAGCCGUGUGGAUCAGACGCAGACCAAUGUCCAGGAAGGGGCAGAUGGAGCUGUCAGGAAUUCAGCAGAACUCACCUCUCAGGGUGAACCUGUGUUGCAAUACUUCGCAGAAAGCACACAGCCCAGCACGUUUGUUCCCUGUACUACAACUCCAGCCUGCCUGCUCCAGGCCGAGCUGGUGAAUUACGAGCGAGUCAAGGAGUACUGCCUCAAAGUGCUUCAGAAAGAAGGCGAGAACUUCAAGGCUCUCUAUCGAUCAGGAGUGGCGUUUUACCACCUGGGUGACUUCAACAAGGCCCUCUACUACCUGAAAGAGGCAAGAUCCCGCCAGCCGACAGAUACCAAUGUCAUACGAUAUAUCCAGCUGACAGAGAUGAAGCUCAGCAGAUGUUCCCAGAGAGAGAAAGAAGCCUUGUGAAAAUGAAGCCGCUUCAGCUGAAGUGCCCAAGGGGGAACAUUUCCUUCCUAGAAGCCCAUUUGGUGGAUUUUCCUGUUUGCUCUGCUUCAUCCUCAUCUCCUCAUCUCCUCAUCCAUCCACUCUCCCUUGCUCUUCAUUGAAUCCCAGUUUUGAAAAAAGAGACAGACACUGGAUAUGGCUGCUUGCCAACCACGGUAAUACCCCUUCCCCAUGGCAGGAGAGCACAACGGCUACAGCCAGCCUUGUUCCAAGACAGUGUCACACUUCUGGAGUAGGCAAUGCUGCGGGACCUUUCUGGUCCUGAGCUGACUGCCUAUUACCCUUAGGGAAGCAACCCCCAGAACAACGAAUUCCUGACCAGGCAAGUUGGAGACAAACAGUUUCUACUCUGAGUGAUCACUGGAGCUUGGAAGAGCUAAGAAACCAAGAGGGCCGCUGGUCAUUUUGCAGGGGAUAGCAAAUGCCUUUUUACCAUCAGUUCCCUCUGCCUGCUUCUCCAGUGUGCGUUAUCAGUCUCCAGUGAGAGCUCACACGCUCCCAGUCUAAUGCCAGUGAAAACUGUUUCUAAACAUCCUCUUAAUGAAAGCACAGAUCACCCUACAAACCCCACCCCCCGCAGAGCUGUCCCGGUGCCGGAGGAGAAGGCUGUGGGCUACCACAGAACGCUGAAUGGACUAUGAAAGCAUGGUGUACAGUGUGAGGGAAAAACUGUGAAAUAAUUCAUUAAAGGCAAAUAAAAAUUAUUAAUAGGCAACAAGUCCAGGCAUUGCUUUUCGAAGGGACCUCUUGGGUUCCCCGUGUCCAGACAGGCAACAUUGUCUAGUGGGGGGCAGCAUGGGGUGGGGAACAAGGGACGUCUCCAUUCUUAUCUUGGCUCUGCCAACACCUUGCUGUGUGAUCUUGGGCAAGUCACUUAGCCUCUCUGUGCCUCAGUUUCCCCAUCUGUACACUGGGGAUAAUAAUACUUCCCUACCUCGCAGGGGUGUUGUGAGGAUGUACUAGUUAAUGUUUGUAAGUAACAGUACAGUGAUGUACAGUGCUAAGUAUUAUUAGUACAUUGGAUUGAGGUCUUGAUUCUCCCAC